AUGCGUCUAUCAUACGACGAUCUCAAUCUGAUAACAGUGUGUGAUGACGGUUCGGUAGCGAUUUGGCGCGUUGGGAAUUGCGAGGGACGCACUGGAAAGCUAGACAAGGAUUUUCGUUAUUGCCAAGAGAUACUGAUGCCCAAAAUCGAAAUGCGCGAAAAAAUGGUCUUCAUCACGGGUUUAGAGAAACGGAUGCGGGAAAUCGAAAACGAGCACGCUUAUCAGAUGCGCCAGGGAGACGCUUUUCAUUCGGAGAAAAUGCGAGAAGUGCAUCGGGGCUAUUGCGACGCCAUCGAGGAACUCAAGGAGAAAAAUGAGCAACUCGAAAUGGACCACACUCAAGAAUUGAAUGCGAUUAAUUCCGAGAUCCAAAAACUAAAGAAGAACACGACGCCGCGGUACAAGAAUUGGAAGUAG